AGCCACCGCUCCAUCCCUAGCCCGGCCCCGCAUCCAGGCCGCCAGGAUGGACGUGUUCAUGAAGGGCCUGUCCAUGGCCAAGGAGGGCGUGGUGGCUGCAGCAGAGAAAACCAAGCAGGGGGUCACCGAGGCAGCGGAGAAGACCAAGGAGGGCGUCCUCUACGUCGGAAGCAAGACCCGGGAGGGGGUAGUACAAGGUGUGGCCUCAGUGGCUGAGAAAACUAAGGAGCAGGCAUCACAUCUGGGAGGAGCUGUGUUCUCUGGGGCAGGGAACAUUGCAGCAGCCACUGGGCUGGUGAAGAAGGAGGAGUUCCCCACUGACAUGAAGCCAGAAGAAGUGGCCCAGGAAGCUGCUGAGGAACCACUCAUUCAACCCCUAAUGGAACCCGAAGGGGAAAGUUACGAAGAGCCACCCCAGGAAGAAUAUCAGGAGUAUGAGCCAGAGGCGUAAGGGCCCAGCAAGGGGCCUCACCAGCAGCACAAUUCCUUCCUUGUCCCUAACCUUGUCCCCCAGAGCCAGGGCUGUCCUUCUACCCCUCCCCCCCAAACACGAGAUCUUCCUUCUGCUCGGAGGCGCCCCCUCGAGCCUAUGUUAGUAUCUGUCCAUCUGUCUGUCCUACCCGCCCUCCCGCGUCCAUCCCUGGGGCGUGGACUGCAUUGGGGCUAAGGCCGCAUCAGGGAGCCCCGCCCAACCACUGUUGCCCUUCACCUCCAUCCCGUCCGCGCG